ACAGUUAGUUAAUAGUAAUAAUUUCCUUCUCCAUCAAUCUUGCGCAGAAGUCUAGACAGAGAAGGGAUCUAAUCUAAACUCCACGGGAUUUCUCCCCUUCCGUACAUACUAAUUCCCACGCAAUUCUCUCGAGAUCCAUCCAAUCGACGUUCCUUCUCAAAGAAAAUUCGAAAUGUCGACGUUCAGCGGAGAUGAAACUGCACCUUUCUUCGGCUUCCUCGGCGCCGCUGCUGCUCUCGUCUUCUCAUGUAUGGGAGCUGCCUAUGGGACCGCAAAAAGUGGUGUUGGUGUGGCGUCUAUGGGAGUGAUGAGGCCAGAAUUGGUGAUGAAAUCGAUUGUUCCUGUUGUUAUGGCUGGUGUUUUGGGUAUAUAUGGAUUGAUCAUUGCUGUUAUCAUCAGUACUGGUAUUAACCCAAAGGCCAAGUCAUAUUACCUGUUUGACGGUUAUGCCCACCUUUCCUCUGGUCUCGCUUGCGGCCUCGCUGGUCUUUCUGCUGGAAUGGCAAUUGGGAUCGUUGGUGAUGCUGGUGUUAGUUAGCUUAUGUGGUUAUCCGUCAACAUUUAUGUAUAUGGAAGUUAAGGGUAAUAGCCGAUGUGGUAACAUUGGCAAAUUUACUUCUUUGGGGUACAGCAAUUUAACUGGGAAAUGAGGUACUGCUGGCAUCACUCGUUGCUUCCCAAACAGGCAGACCUGAUUCUCAUUUUUUACGUCACUAGUUGUAAAGACGGACAGACGGUUUGUGCAUUUCAGAAAAAUGACAUAACCAACUGAUGGACCCAAGACUACUUUUCAGCUGGAUGUUUAGGGGAACCUGAUCCAUGUUUAUUUCUUUUUCCUCCUAACUGCCAAUAUAGUUUGCAUCAAGUACAUUGCAUGGUUCCGUCGACACAUAGAAUUUCCUACUCUUCAAGAAAAACCUCAUCAAAUUUUUGUUCACUCGAUAUUGAAACAAGUGUUAGUUUCAAAAUUUGGAUGCUUUUUGGAUUGGAAAUUUGAAAUGUUUUGGAGAAGGGGGAUCUAUGAGUAAAUGUUGCGAGCCAAUUCUUGACAUGAAAGUUGUUUUUUA